AUGCCAGCUGUCUUGCAAUGCUUAAUGGCCAUUGUUCAUCGUGCUUUUGAGACUGCAUUAUCAUGGCUGGAGGCUCAAAUAUGCGAGACAGGAGAUGCUGCUGAGAGAUUUCCACAGAUUCUGUGGAAAUCAUCUUGUUUGGAUUCUCUUUUGUUCUCUGUGAAUGGUGAUCCACCUUCAUCUCUCGUGAAUGAUCCUGCUUCAGUAGCUUCUGUUCGCUCUUUGUACCAAAGCGUUGUCAAGGAGUGGAUUGUUGAUUCGCUAUCCUAUGCUCCAUGCACCACCCAAGGUCUUCUUCAGGAGCAACUUUGUAAAGCAAACACAUGGCAAAAAGCACAGCCCACUACAGACAUUGUCUCUCUUUUAUCUGAAAUAAAAAUAGGAACAGGGAAAACGGAUUGUUGGAAGGGUAAAAAAACUGCCAACAUUCCUGCAGUAAUGGCAUCUGCAGCUGCUGCAUCGGGUGGAAAUUUGAAGUCAACAGAGGCGUUUAAUAUGAGUUUUUGCAUACCCUUGUCAAGUGCUUGGAUAGUAGUGACUGGACCCAUAUGGAAGUUAUUUCAAUCUUCACAUGCCAUGCAUAAUGAAGAUGCCAUGGAAGAAUAUAUGUUCUUUGAACAUUUGUUCUUUUUUACUGGGAUAUCGGUUCUGCUAAAAAUAAGGGCUGCUGAAAGCUCUAGUGAGUCUGCAAAUCCAGUAGAGUCAGAACUAUAUAUUGGCAGGGGUACCUUUAGAUGGCAUAUCUGCUUUAACUUUGUUGUUUUGCGCAUGAUAAGCUUUCAGUAUGACUACUAUUCCUCAGAUCAUAAUCCUUAUGUCUCUCUUCAUUAUUGGAUAUGGGGUCCUAAACUUCAUGUGGCUCAAAAUUUUCCUCAUAUGGCGUUACUUCCGAUUUUGGGAACUGGUAAGUAA